CGCCCGGCGUAGGUCCCUGCCCCGCGCCGCCCGGCCCCCUUCACUGAGUUCAUCACUCCUAGCGGAAGCGCCGCCAGCAUGUCUGAUAAACUGCCCUACAAAGUCGCCGACAUCGGACUGGCCGCCUGGGGACGGAAGGCCCUGGACAUAGCUGAGAAUGAGAUGCCAGGACUGAUGCGCAUGCGGGAGAUGUACUCAGCCUCCAAGCCACUGAAGGGUGCUCGCAUUGCCGGCUGCCUACACAUGACCGUGGAGACCGCUGUUCUCAUUGAGACUCUCGUGGCCCUGGGUGCUGAGGUGCGGUGGUCCAGCUGCAACAUCUUCUCUACUCAGGACCAUGCAGCGGCUGCCAUUGCCAAGGCUGGCAUUCCAGUGUUUGCCUGGAAGGGCGAGACAGACGAGGAAUACCUGUGGUGCAUUGAGCAGACAUUGCACUUCAAGGAUGGACCCCUCAACAUGAUUCUGGAUGAUGGUGGUGACCUUACCAACCUCAUCCACACCAAAUACCCACAGCUUCUGUCAGGCAUCCGAGGUAUCUCUGAGGAGACCACGACAGGGGUCCACAACCUCUACAAGAUGAUGUCCAAUGGGAUACUGAAGGUGCCUGCCAUCAAUGUCAACGAUUCUGUCACCAAGAGCAAGUUUGACAACCUCUAUGGCUGCCGGGAGUCCCUCAUAGAUGGCAUCAAACGGGCCACAGAUGUGAUGAUUGCGGGCAAGGUGGCGGUGGUGGCAGGCUAUGGUGAUGUGGGCAAGGGCUGUGCCCAGGCCCUGAGGGGUUUCGGGGCCCGAGUCAUCAUCACCGAGAUCGACCCCAUCAAUGCACUGCAAGCUGCCAUGGAGGGCUAUGAGGUAACCACCAUGGACGAAGCCUGUAAGGAGGGCAACAUCUUUGUCACCACCACAGGCUGUGUGGAUAUCAUCCUUGGCCGGCAUUUUGAGCAGAUGAAGGAUGAUGCCAUUGUCUGUAACAUUGGACACUUCGAUGUGGAGAUUGAUGUGAAGUGGCUCAAUGAGAAUGCCGUGGAGAAGGUGAACAUCAAGCCCCAGGUGGACCGCUACUGGCUAAAGAAUGGGCGCCGCAUCAUCUUGCUGGCUGAAGGCCGGCUGGUCAACCUGGGUUGUGCCAUGGGACACCCCAGCUUCGUGAUGAGCAACUCCUUCACAAACCAAGUGAUGGCACAGAUUGAGCUGUGGACCCAUCCAGAUAAAUACCCCGUAGGGGUUCACUUCCUGCCUAAGAAGCUGGAUGAGGCUGUGGCUGAAGCCCACCUGGGCAAGCUGAAUGUGAAGCUGACCAAGCUGACUGAGAAGCAGGCCCAGUACCUGGGCAUGCCCAUCAACGGCCCCUUCAAGCCUGAUCACUAUCGCUACUGAGUGCUGGCACUGUCCUUCACCUUCCAGCUGCCAUCCUUGUUCUGGGUCCUACCUCUUGUUCCCAAGAGCAAAUGUCACCAACUUUGCAGUAGCCUGGACAGUGUUUCUCCCCCACACCUCUCCCCUUCCCCCCACUGGGGCUGGUCACUCUGUCUUUGACCUCUGCUGUAUCCCUCAUACUGUUCCAGGUGUGGCAGGGGACGGAGAGGUACCUGGGAGGCAUCCACAGGGGACAUGACCUCAGAAGUCUUGGAGGUCCUGAGGCUGGGGGUUGUUAGUGAUGGUUACAAGCCCAUGUACCUUAUCAUCCAGACCCUCACUGGUUUCUCAGCCCAGGACCCAAGAAGGAGCUCUACCAAAGGGUGGGGACCCCUGGAGUUUGAAGGCCCCGAGAGCUUGGCCUUUUACUGUUGGGCUGUCUCUUAAACCUCAUGAUGCUGAGUUGGUACUUUUUUUGGUCCCUAUUUCACAAGGGUUAGGAUAGAUUAACCAAGAAAGGACAAGUGACCGAGACCGAAAGGGGCUGGAAAAACAAUAGGAAAAGGCUUGUCACUUCUGUAUAGUGGAUGGUUCCUAUCAUAAGCCUGGGCCACAAACAGAUUAAUUUGUUUUAUAAUGUUUAUACACUAUUUAGAAUGUUAACAAAGGAAGGUGGGUAAAAUACAGUUUCUACUGCCUAAAGAA